AAUUUAUUCUGCACGGUAUUACAAACGGUUAGAAGAACAUUAGUAAUAAUAGAAUUUUAAUAGGAUUUGGACUAUUAUUUAGUAAAAAUAGCUUUAAAUCGAAUAUUAAUGUAAUAAAGAAUGUUUAUAAGUGAUUUUGUUACUUUUCUGUGUUUGUAUUUAAGUGAAAUGAGCGUCUGUAAUAGGGCAUUUUUUCAAGCUUAUGCAAAAAAGAUGCAUUUUUAACGUUAAAUAAAAGUAAUAUAAAUCAAAAGGCUGAUAUAGUGACUACAUUUGCGUGUUAUAAUUUUUAAAUUUGGUCCACGCACUUAGACAUUAUAAGCAAAUAUAUCGUGGUAGAAAAGGAAAGCACAGCCCAAUGUUUAAUGAUAUUUUGAAUGUACGCUAAUUUCUUAUCAAAGUACAAACUGUUUUUUUUUUCGUAUCAGUAUUUACAUCUCUAGCGUAACGCGACCGCUCGUUUUAUCUUCAAUAUAUUUUACCGUCCUAUAUUGCGGAAACUUUGUAAAUUUUGUGAUACAAUGGAUAAUAUAACAAAGAUGUGGAUGGGACCACUGCCAAAUGAUUCGCCUUAUGUGAAGCCCUUUAGACUCUACUAUGUACAGAAUGGUGUCGAAAAAAAUUGGGAUUUAUUAAAAGUACAUGAUAGCGUUGCGGUAAUUCUGUACAACUCAACACGGCGCGUUCUAAUCUUUGUGAGACAGUUUAGACCAGCUGUCUACCAUAGUAAAUAUACUGCUUGCGGAUAUGAUGCGGCAGAAAUAGACUUGAAGAGAGUUCGCCCAAACAUUGGUAUCACUUUAGAACUGUGCGUUGGUAUUCUGGAUACGGACAAGGGUUUGCAUCAGAACGCUCGCGAAGCGGUAUUAGAAGAGUGUGGCUACGAUGUACCUCUCGAUGGUUUUGAACAAGUUAUGUCUUAUAGGUCCGGUGUAGGUUCUUUUGGUGCUGCUGAGUGGAUGUUUUACUCCGAGGUUACCGAUGAUGAUCAAGUUACUAAAGGUGGUGGUGUAGGCGAUGAAAUUAUUGAAGUUGUUGAGUAUACAAUCCCAGAAGCCGCAAAUCUGUUGUCAAAAGGUGGUAAAGUAAAUAGUCCACCCAGUUGCCUCCUAGGGAUAGCAUGGUUUUUGAUGAAUAAAGCUCCAAAGAAAAAUUGAUGUAGCAAAAAAAGUAUUAGUAAAUUAGUAUGUACAUGUGAAUAUGGUUCGGAUAAGAAUUAAUGGGUUAAAUUCAAAUUAAAAAAAAAAAAUACAAAAAAAAAAAAAAAAAAAUGGGAAGCUAGUAUUGUUAGAGAUAAUCAAUUAUUAUAUAGUACAUAUAUAGAAUUAUAUAUAUAUUUACUAUGAUAUAAAAAAUGGUGAUCAAUCAAAUUACAGGCAUACAAACGAUUUAGCUGCUUCCUGAAGGCAAUUGAAGGCUUUUAAUAAUUCGUAUUAAUAUUUUUCCUAUUACUAAAUAUCCUACAUAUGCUUACACAUGUAUACAUAAAAACAUUAUCCGAUAAUGUAUGAGAAUUAAAAAACAAUAAAUGAAGACAUAAUAGUAAUAGUUACUAUUUGUAAAUCUUAA